CUUUUUGGUUACCUUAAAAGUUUAAGUGUCUGUAUGACCGAAUAAACAAAAGGAAAAAAGAAAAGCCACUCGAGAAAUAGUGACGUGGAAAAUAUCCCAAGUGGCAGUGGCACAAGUCUCAAACUGAAACUUGUCGUCAAUCAAUAGCCACUAAUUCCUUUUUGAAAAUUAAAAAACCCAAUCCAAAAACUCUCAUCACCGUCUUCCCCUUCCCUUCACCUUCACCACUCUGUUCUGCACCAGAAAAAGGAAAAAGGAAAAAGGAAAAGAGGAAAAGAGGAAAAGAGGAAAUGCCAAUUUUCACAGCACUCCAUGCCUCCGUUUCAGCCCAUUCCCUUCUAUCCCAACUAUUCACGUCUAACGAUGCUUCUUUAACUCACACUCUCAGCACCCACUUCAGUUCUUGUAAACUUUUCCACAAGUCCAGACAUUCCAUUUCCGCUGCUGCCAGGGUCUCUGUCUCUGAGAAUUCUAAUGAUUCAGCCACCACCACAGGAUUUCUUGAAGACUCACCUGAUGCUAUUCGACAAACUCGGAGGUCUGCUGAUUGGAAAGCUGCAAGGGCUUACAGAGAUAGUGGAUCAAUCUUUGAGGGUAGGAUUGAAGGAUUCAAUGGUGGAGGAUUGCUUGUUCGAUUCUAUUCUCUUGUGGGUUUUCUUCCUUUCCCUCAGUUGAGUCCUUCACAUUCUUGUAAAGAACCACAGAUAUCUAUCCAUGAAAUUGCAAGAGGUUUAAACGGUUCAAGCAUUUCUGUAAAGGUACUCCAAGCAGAAGAGGAGAGCAGAAAACUGAUAUUCUCCGAGAAGGAAGCUGAGUGGUCAAAGUUUUCUAAAAGAAUUAAAGUAGGAGAUAUCUUUGUAGGAAGGGUGGGUUCUACUGAGGAUUAUGGUGCCUUUGUUCACUUGCUCUUCCCUGAUGGUUUAUAUCAUCUCACUGGAUUAGUACACGUCUCAGAGGUUUCUUGGGAUUUAGUGCAAGAUGUAAGAGAUGUCCUUAAUGAAGGUGACAAUGUGAAGGUCAAAAUUAUUAACAUUGAUCGGCAGAAGUCAAGGAUGACACUGUCAAUCAAACAGUUGGAAGAAGAUCCACUGCUAGAAACUUUGGACAAAGUAAUUCCUCAGGAUGGUUCUGUUGGUCUUGAUCCUAUGGCCACUGAUAGCAGCAAUACAAUUGAGCCUCUUCUGGGGCUUGAAGUAAUAAUUCAAGAGCUGCUACGUGAAGAUGGUGUAGAUGAUGUCAGAAUCAAUAGACAAGGGUUUGAGAAACGUGCUGUUUCACAAGAUUUGCAACUUUGGCUUUCGAAUGCACCACCCGUUAAUAGGAUGUUCACUCUUCUUGCUCGUGCCGGACGGCAGGUGCAGGAAAUACAACUGACAACAACACUUGACCAGGAGGGUAUAAAAAAGGCAUUGCAGCGAGUUCUGGAGCGCGUCCCAUGAUGCGAACUCUUGAAUAACAAAUAGAGUCCCAUAACAUGAAUUCUUGUCCACUGGAUACAGAUAUGAUCCUUUUCUUUUUCAUUUCCUUUUCUGCCGGUGCUGUAUAGUAGUUAUUGCAAGCUCAAAUCCAGCUACUGCAAAUUGUACACUUGAAGGAUAUGCUCUUUAGAUAUUAUUUUUCCCUUUUGUCUUGAAGAUUGUAAAUCUGACAUACAUAAACGAAGAAUGCUGUAUAUAUGUAUUUAUUUGGUAUUCUUGUUGUUA